UGUCUAAUAGAUCCCACAUCUCCUCGUACAUCUAAUGCGUUUCUCCUUUCUCGCCGUCGUGGCUGCUUUGACAGCAUCUAUGUCUGUCAGUGCGACACCAGCUGUUUUCAGCAGGGAUUCACAAUGCGCCGAGGUUGGCGGCGUUUGCGGCUUCGGUUUGCCAGGCUGCUGCUCUGGAUAUAUGUGUGCCAUUGACAAUGAUGGCUAUACGUCUUGCGUUGCCUCUCCCUUUUCUAAUGUAGAAGGACCCUCAAGAUAGCAGGGAGCUCGCAUGUCACAAGGUUGAUUGCUGGGUUGUUGCACUUGGUCAAAUUUCCCUGCCGCUGGAGUAAUGGGCCCCUUGCAUCUCGAAGACCUAGAUAUGAUGUUGAUUUGAAAAUAUAAACAGUACUGCAGCCCCAGUAGUCCGAGUCG